UUGCUAGGGUUUCAUAACUUCCAUCCUCCAUAAUCAUCCAUACACACAGGACGCUGCAAGACGUACGAAUGUGUGUAGACACGAAAAAAGGGAUCUGAAGUUCUUGAUUCACUUCUAAAGGUCUGUCAUCUAUUUGCUUUUGCCGAUAAAGCAUACUCUCAUCUCGAUUUUACGAUUUUAUCAAUCUGUCCAAUCUUUAGGAUUUAAUCAACCCGCCCCCUUGUGAUUUCGGAAUUUAAAUCUGAUCAACUUAUACUCGCUUACAGCUAUCUCAAUCGCAACCAAACCCUUAGGGUUUUUUUCUCAAACUCUUAUCGUAAAAUCUGAACCUACAGAAAAGGAUUUUGCACGUUUUUUGUGACUAGGUUACUUGGUUGAGAAUGGGUUCUCGAAGGCAUGAAGAUUAUGCGGCCACGUCUGAUUCUCUGGCCAGGCUGAGAGAGCGACGACGUGAACUAGAUGGUGGUCCAACUUAUGAGAUGACCCGACGUGAUGAUGACUUAGACAGAUCAACUAGGUCUAGAAGGUGUUUGAGCCCUGACCCACAUAGACAACAAUUUAGUGGGGGCGGAAGGAUUAACAAUUCUCUGGAAAAGAGAGUUUACGGUAGGGAAUUUAUUGUUAGUGGUAAUAGGCAUGAACAAAUGACUUCAAUGUCCCCUGAAUUUGAGUUAGUGAGGAGAAAACCUCAAGGCAGUGAGGGAGACUCAAGAAGGAACAUCCAGUACACUAGAACAAGUGAUGGAUAUGAAUAUCGAGGUUAUAGGGAUGAGAACUACGACGAUAACACAGGUUUGAGGCCUGAAUAUUUGUUGGACACUACUAGGACUAUUAGAGAACAUUUUUCUCAUGACAGUAAAUCGAAGGGAUCUGGUGAAUAUCGUAAGUUAAGCGAGGAAUUGGUCAGCAGACCAACAAACAUUUCCCCCACGUAUGGUGAUCGCUGUGGUUAUUAUAUACCAUCGAGGGAAAGUAUAGAGGCUGGAUACAGGGACGAUAGUGUUUACUAUCCAGAGCCAUUACUACAAGUGGAUAAAUCAUCAGAUAUUAAAUUUCACGAAGAAAGGGAUAAAUCAGUUACUUAUUCAAGAGAUGCUUCUCAUUUCCAUGUUAUACAAUCCAAAGAUAAUAGAGGUGCCUUACCUUAUAAGCAGUUAGCAGGCACAUCUUCAACAGCUUUAAGGGCCAAUUCCUCUGGUUUUUAUAUGGACGAUUUGCCUUCAUAUGAAGAUGAAUAUUUUAGGGAUCCUGUAGGCCCUACAUCUCGUAGAUCAAGCCGUCAGGGUUAUCCUUUAGACCAGAGAGACAAUCCAAGUUCCAUCAGGCAUGAGGGUCGAGGUUAUAUGAACACUGGAAAUAUGAAAGACGAUGAAUUUGAUUAUCCCUUUGAUGAAUGUAGAAGGGUCGACUCUGAGGACCGAGUUGACAUUUAUCAGGAUAACUAUGGACAUCUAAGAAGUAAUACCCGGGAAAAUUCUGCCAUGAAGAAGCAAAUAGAGUCUUUCUACUACACUCGUGUAUCAGAAAAAGGUAAGGAGUUUGCAGACCCGAGGAUGUCCAGAUAUCAAGAAUUAGUCCCUUCUGACAUCAUCUAUGAUCGUGAAUGUGAUGUAUCACCUUCCUGGAAAUCAUCACAAUAUAGAUUUGGGCGAGAAAUGGGUCCUAGUUCUCAUGGUGAAAGCAUGAGGAGCAUGAAUUCAGAUCAUAACUCUAAAGCAAGAGAAUUAAGGUCAAACUAUGGCCAUAGAACAAAUGCAGGUUUCAAAUACGAACAUGAAAUCCACACACCACUUCCUAUGAGUUCCCACCAAAAUUUAUCUGACAGAAGGCUAAAGAGAAAGUAUGUGGUGGAUGAACCGAUAAAUAGGCAUAAUAGUUCUAGAGAUAUGAUAAGGUCAGAUGAAGAAUGGACAGAUGAAGGUUUCGAAUUUCAAAUUCCAUCGCAAAGGCUUUAUUAUGAUGAGAGUAAACCAUUCCAAAGGAACAAAAGAAUAUCUGAUAGGUUAGUUGAGCGUGAACAUGUUGCACAUGACAAUCACUUGCAAGCUCGUUCUGGAGUACACUCCCGCUUAGGCACUGGUUCACCUGGCUUGUACAACUCAAGUCAAGUUAGCAAAAAAAUAAAACCUUACAGACCAAAUGUGUGGCUUAGAGACGAUAGCAUUGCAAACACAGUUGAUGAUAAACCAGAAAGCUGGGUGACUUCUAAGAAACCUGAGCCUCCUGAAGAUUCUCAGGAGUUUCAGCAACUGGUACACAAGGCCUUCUUAGUAUUUAGUAAAAAGUUGAAUGAGAACCCUUCUGCGCGGAAAAUAUACACGGAGCAAGGAAGGGCUGGUAGCUUGUUCUGCAUUGUUUGUGGCCAAAGCGCGUCAAAGGAAUUCAUGGUGACAAACAGGUUAGCAAGCCAUGCAUAUAUGUCACACAAGGUAGGAUUAAGAUCGCAACAUCUAGGUCUUCUGAAAGCAUUAUGCGUUCUCAUGGGAUGGAACUCUGAGGCCAAACCCGAAACCGACAUUUAUAUUCCAGAGCCAGUUUCCCAAACAGAAGCAUUAGCCCAAAAAGAAGACUUGAUCCUCUGGCCUCCUGUUAUCAUUAUACACACCACUUCUUCGUCUUCUUCUUCCUUUCAGGCAGGUAACACUAACACAGUGGAUGAUGUGAGUGAAUUUCUUAAAGGUAAAGGACUUGUGGGUAAUUAUAAGGUAACAUUAGGACAGGGAGGGAAGAACAGUAGUGCUGUUGUUGUGUUGAAGUAUUUGGGGACAGUUUCGAAUUUGCAGAAUGCGGAGAUGAUUCAUAAGUAUUUCUUGGAUAAUAAGAUUAGUAGGGUUGAUUAUAAAGAGAGCAAAGAUGUUGGUGGUUCAAGUGGUGGUGGUUAUUAUGGUUAUAUGGGGAUAUGUGAAGAUAUGGAUAUGGUGGAUAAUGAUACAAAGGUGAAGUGUGUUAUAAAGAGCAAAAAGGAGAUACAUGACAUUGUUGAUGCAGUACCAAUACACACAUCCAUAGGAUCAUAGAUAGAUAGCUAAAAGAGUGUGUGGUUUAUUAAACGAGGACAAAAGGAGCUUUCUUUUACACACAAAACACUUUUAUCGUUCUUUUGCAAUAGUAAGUAGUAUGUAGUUUCAUGGCCUUUGGAGAUGGAUUAUAAAUUUAGCAUGACAAAAUGUUUGCUCCAUCUGAGAGCACUGGUUUAACAAUUGUUUUUUUUUUGUGUGUGUUUGCUACCUUGAUAUAAAAUAGUUGUUUGUCAUGUUUCU